AUGGGGACGCGGCAUGUGGGAGGGCGCGGAGGGCUCCCCCAAUGGGAAGCCGCGGCGCGCGGCCUAGACCUGGAGGUAGCGCCGCUCUGCGGGCGCGGUUCAGUCGGGCGGCGGCGGCGGCGGCGGCGGCGCAGGAGGAGGAGGAGGAUGUGGGCCACGCACGGGCUGGCGGUGGCGCUGGCUCUGAGCGUGCUGCCGAGCAGCCGGGCGCUGAGGCCGGGCGACUGCGAAGUUUGUAUUUCUUAUCUGGGAAGAUUUUACCAGGACCUCAAAGACAGAGAUGUCACGUUCUCACCAGCCUCUAUUGAAAAAGAACUUAUAAAGUUCUGCCGUGAAGCAAGAGGCAAAGAGAAUCGGUUGUGCUACUACAUUGGGGCCACAGAUGAUGCAGCCACCAAGAUCAUCAACGAGGUGUCGAAGCCCCUGUCUCACCACAUCCCUGUGGAGAAGAUCUGUGAGAAGCUCAAGAAGAAGGACAGCCAGAUCUGUGAGCUGAAGUACGACAAGCAGAUCGACCUGAGCACAGUGGACCUGAAGAAGCUCCGAGUUAAAGAGCUAAAGAAGAUCCUGGACGACUGGGGGGAGACGUGCAAAGGCUGUGCAGAAAAGUCUGACUAUAUUCGGAAGAUUAAUGAACUGAUGCCUAAAUACGCCCCCAAGGCAGCCAGUUCACGGACUGAUUUGUAGUCUGCCUGAUCCCUGCUGCACCGGAGGGGAAGAACACUUCAUCUGUGUCUGCCCCAAACAGCCUUUUUGUAAUUUAUUUUUUAGGCAGGCGCCUGACAAAGUCAGGUGUGAAGCCUGGAGCUUUCCUGAUGAUGCUGGGUCCACAGCGCCCCCUUGGGGGGGAUUCACUUUGUUCUGUUGCCGAUUUACUCUAGGACUUCAAAGUAUGUCUGGGAUUUUUUUAUUAAAGGAAGAAAAUUUCUAGCUGUCCUUGAAGAAUUAAAGUGAAUACUAAAAUAGGGUUUUACCCAUAA